AUGUCCAUUAGCAGCAGCAAGAAACGCUCGGCAGCAGCUAAAGCGGCAGGAACUAAGCAGCUAAGCAAUAUAGCAGCAGCGGCAGUACAGCAGCGCAGCCAGCAGCAGCAGCUACGCGGCCAACAGAGCAGCGAUCGAGCAGGGUAUAAGAUUUACUACGGCAUCAUCAUGAACGAGCAUCCUAGCAACCGGCGAUCCAUUAAUAUGAUCUUUGAGCGCCGCCAGCCGCCGCCACGGACGCCUCCUUCAAUGGUGGACGGCCUUAAGCCAGGGCAGAGGAAGGUUUUGUUCUGCUCCUUCAAGAAGAAUCUGGUUAAAGAAACCAAGGUGGCAGAUUUUAUUAGUUAUGUGUCAAAACACUCGGCAUACACCCACGGUGAGCAGAGUCUGGCAUGCGUGAUCAUACGAAUGGCUCAAGAUUUUGUUGGCGCCAAUAACAUUAACCUUUUGGAGCCCCGCGGGCAGUAUGGUACCAGGAAUUCGGGGGGCGAAGAUGCUGCUGAAGCCUUGUUCAUCUACACCAGAUUACAACCUAUCGCCCGUUUAAUUUUUCCGAAGGACGACGAUGCUCUGCUCAACUACUUGACUGAAGCUGGAAAGUCAAUUGAACCCAGUUGGUAUAUGCCAAUCAUUCCCAUGGUUUUGGUCAAUGGGAGUGGCAUUGGCACUGGAUCGAGCAGCUAUGUCCCAAACUACAAUCCAAGGGACAUUAUCGCUAAUCUGAAAAGGUUGCUAAAUGAAGAGGCUGUCGUACCAAUGGAACCUUGGUACAAGGGUUUCAAGGGCUCUGUGAAGAAGACAAGGUCAAAGGCAGCGGGUGCCACAUAUACCAUCAGUGGUGUUAUAGAGAAGGUUGAUGACACCAAGCUUAGAAUUACUGAGCUUCCCAUCCGCUGCUGGACUAACGAUUACAAAGAGUUUCUUGAAUCCAUACAUGUUUGGAAAGAACCAACGUUUCUAGAGGAAUGCCAAUCACGAUGCGAUCAUGCAAGUGUGGAGUUUGAGGUUAUCUUGAGUGAGCAAAACAUGAAUGUUGCUACGCGAGAAGGCCUUGAGAAGAAAUUCAAGCUGACAACCACAAUAGAAACAACAAACAUGCACUUGCUCGACUCGGAUGGAAAAAUUCGAAAAUAUAACACCCCAGAGGACAUACUUAAAGAGUUCUUUAAACUGAGGCUCGAAUACUAUUGGAGAAGAAAGGCAGUAAUGUUGAAAAAUAUUGGGAAAGAGUUGUUGAAGCCUAAGAACCAAGUGAGGUUUAUUCUUGCUGUUAUUUCCGGGGACAUCGUGGUCAAUAACAGGAAGAGGGCAGAGCUAUUCCUGGAGCUUAAGCAGAAGGGCUAUCAACCUUUCCCACAGAAAAAAGUUGUAGCUAAUGAAGUAGACGAGGAAAGUAAUUAUGAGUACCUUCUCGCAAUGCCGAUUGGUAACUUGACACUGGAGAAAGUACAGGAGCUCCUUGCAGAACAGAAGAAAUUAGAGGACGAACAUGAAUUUCUAGGCAAAGCAACUCCGGAAAUUCUUUGGCUGAGAGACCUUGAUGCUCUUGAAAAGGAACUGGAUGUGCUUGAUGCAAAAUUUCAAGCUGAACAGGAGGAGACAAGACGUAAGCGGGAAAAUUACUUCAAAGACGAGAAGGCGUCUAAAGCCGCACCCAAGAGACGACGGCCUAAUAAGACUGCAGCCAAAUCUCAGAAGGUACAGAGUAACACAAGUGAUAAAGUUCUCAAGUUACAGAGGAGAGGACUAGACAGUAUAUGUUGCUCUUUAACUGAUAAAAUAAUCUUACUUUUUGAGACAAAUUUGGUUGGGAACGACGACGAUGAUUUUGAAACGAAACCUGCAGCACAAAAGAAGAAACCACGCCAGAAGGCAAGUUCACUGGCGAGGGAUGGUGAGGACGAAGCAUUGGAACUAAAAAAUCGUCUCGAUGUUUAUAGUUUUGGCGUGUCCUCAGAACUUAGUGCCAUGGAAACUGAGACUACAAAAGAACAUAAUAAGAAAGGAAAGAAAGGGAGGAACGAGCCAAGCAAAAGAGGCACAACAAAGAAGGCCGUGGCACCCUUAACCGACUUGUCUGGUGAAGACAUAGCAGUGCCCAUCCACAAGAGCGAGGACAAGAAGUUUACCGUGGAAGAAGCACAAAUUGAGAAGAAAAGCAUCUCUCAAAAUAGUGCCAUUAAAACUGAGACUACAAAAGGACACCAUGAAGGAAAGAAAGAGAGAAACGGGCCAAGCAAAAGAGGUGCGGUGAAGAUGGCCAUGGCACCCUUAACCGAGUUGUCUGGUGAGAACGAGGACAAGUUUGCCGUGGAAGAAGUGCAAGUUGAGAAGAACAGCAGUGGACCAGAGCCUGCUGCAAAGAAGCCAAGGAAGACUACCAUCAGGAAGAGGGCGUCUGGUCAGAGCAAGUCCAGUGCUCCUUCUCCUGAGAAGAAGGUGCGAAAGAAGAGUGGCUCGGUUGCGCAGAGAGUUGCGAGCGCUUCAACCGCAACAGAAGACGCUGAGGCUCCUCUUCCCUCCGGCAGCUCUGCUCAGCCUGUAGCACCGAGAAGGAAGGACGCGACGCCGAGGGCGCCGCCGCCGCCCAACAGAGUUGAGGUUUUCACCCGGGAGACUAGAGGGAUGGGGGGCGACGGAUCUGACCUGAACGGCGCCUCCAGGGAGGGGAACGGCGCCACGAGCGUCGCCGCCGCCAAGACCGACGAGGCCGGCCUGGAAUUUCUCCCGCGCAUAUCACGCGGCUGCACGUUCAAGAGGAAUGGAAACGAGCAGCACGCUCCAUUCUGGAUUCUGAAACUCACGAGCGCCCAGCCCAAGAACUCGCCGGAGCCGGAGCCGGAGCGAUCCUCGCCGAUGUUUUACGACCAUGACCUCAGUCCCUUCUUGAAGCCAGAGGCGGACCCCGAACGGUCGACACCUCCUUCAAUGGUCGACGGCCUGAAACCAGGGCAGAUGAAGGUUUUGUUUUCCUCCUUCAAGAAGAAUCUGGUUAAAGAAAUAAAGGUGGCACAUUUUAUUGGUGAUAUUGUGUCAAAACAAUCAGCAUACCAUGAUGACCAUGUUGAGCAGGCUAUAGCAUGGGUAGUUAUGCUUAUACGCAUGGCUCAAGAUUUUGUUGGCAGCAACAACAUUCCUCUUUUGGAGCCCCGCGGGCAGUUUGGUACCAGGAAUUCGGUGGGUUAG